UUAUGGUAAGUAUUGCAGAUAACGAAUUGUGCCCUUCAACGUUUUCAACGUUCCGCUGCUAAACGCUCAUAUGCGACUACUUGCUGUAUCCGAAUAUACAUGCUGUCAUGCUGAUAGGGACCAUCAGCAUAUAUACAUAUCCGCAACAUAGAAGACUCCAUAGACCAUAACCAGAGACGCACUUUGUUUCAACGCACUAGUCAUGAGUGACCAAAUUUACUUCGAAGUCCAGGUGGGAAUGGCCUUCAUGGUCAUGGCGUCUGCUGCGUCGGCACUGGCUGUCGGUGGUGUGUUGCUUUACAUUGGCUAUAGCGCCGUUGCCAUUAGGCAAAAUGCCUCGCGGAGGUGGUCUACCGCCACGCAUAUACACUAUUAUUUCCUUAAUUUGAUGAUUUCUGACUUCAUUCUGGCUAUGGCUGGAUUGCUCGACAUCAAGUGGAUUGUAGAAGCGAGGGUGUACCCCAGUCCCGUUUGUACCGUCCAAGGUUUCUUCAUGCAGGUGGGGGAUGUUGGGGUUGCUCUUAGUAUAAUGGCCAUUGCCUUGCACAUACUGCAAGUAUUGGUGCUGAAGCGGAAGUCUCCACCAAAAUUUGCGCUCCUUAUACUGGCAAUAAUUUGGCUGGUCAUCCUAAUUCUGGUGGUCGUGCCGAACGUGGCUCAACGCAACGUUUACGGUCCCACCGGCCAUUGGUGCUGGAUUAACCGCAGUAUCAUGGAGCAGAUUGGCCUCGAUUAUAUGUGGAUGUGGAUGGCUGCUGUAUUGAAUAUCAUCUCAUACGUGUUCCUCGUGCUUGUUAUCAAGCGAUUCCUUGUUCCCGUGGAUGGCAGAUUCCGCUGGAGUCGAAAGCAGGAAGAGAGAAUAAUCCCGUAUGGAACGGAGACAUCUGCAGAGAGUCUCAGAGCAGUUCAAAUGAUCUUUUACCCCCUGGUGUAUAUUAUACUCCUGUUGCCUAUAUCAUUGGCUCGUUUUUAUCAAUUCAGUGGCCAUGACGUUCCGGUUGCAGUGACAUCUCUCGCAGCCACAUUAUUCGGAUCAUCUGGUUUGAUCAACACGAUCCUGUAUGCUUUUACUCGUCCAAAGUUGAUGCCAGGUGGACUUUCGCACGGUCCAUGGUCAGUGAGUGUUACAACUGCGCGGAUGGCACACGAUCGCUUUUCAAAAGGUUACAUGGCAGAGGAUAGCAGCUUUGUUACAGAGUGCCCAGUCCAGGUUCCAUGACACACCAGAUUUUCUACAAUCUCCGAGGUCUUUACAAAUAUAGUCAAUUGUCAUAUAAACGUUGUAAUAUUGGUAGGCAGAUUGGUAGGUAUUAGGAUGUACAUGAAUAGACUAUGUUAGUGGUUAUAUAAGGUAAUAACGGGUUGGCAACUUUGAAAGUCACCUUCUGAAAGUUGCAAUUGCAUGCUUGACAGCACAGAUCGAGUGACGCGGCGGUCUAUUGCAA